CGUUGACGUGCAAAUGAACGCAAGGCACACUCGUUCGAAUCCACGCCAGUGACGCCACUGCGGGCUAAAUCAGGAGCAUGGGGGGCUUGACAAGCGUGCAGGUUCCAGGGGGAGGAAGCGAAGGCUACCACGUCCUCAAAGUUCAGAAAGAUUCUCCCGGUUAUUGUGCAGGACUGGAGCCGUUUUUUGAUUUCAUCAUCGCAAUUUGUGACACUAGACUGAGCAGAGACAACGACACCAUCAAAGAUAUUCUGGAGAGGAACGUGGACAAACCUACCAAACUAGUGUUGUACAGUAGCAGGACGCUGGACGUGAGGGAGAUGGAUGUCAUUCCCAGCAGCUUGUGGGGUGGCAGCGGGCUGCUGGGGAUCAGCAUCCGAUUCUCCAACUUUGAAGGAGCUCGAGAAAAUGUUUGGCAUGUCUUGGAAGUGGAGCCAAACUCUCCUGCAGCCCUGGCUGGCCUGAGACCUUAUACUGACUACAUUAUAGGAGCAGAAUCCUUCUUGGACAAGCAGAAUGACAAUCUCUUCAAACUCAUCCAAGCCUACGAAGGAACGCUGCUCAAGCUUUACGUCUACAACACGGACACAGUCGAGUGCCGAGACGUUUUUGUCAGACCAAAUUGUAAAUGGGGGGGAGCGGGCAGUCUAGGCUGCGGAAUCGGCUACGGUUACCUGCACAGGGUGCCCACCACACCUUCCAGCCAGAGCAAGCGUCUUCCUCCACCUGGUGACACAUCGUCAGAGCAGGUUAGUCUCACUGCUGUUGUUGCAACCGUUCCUGACAAUCCUGGUUCAGAAGAGAAAAACGUGUCUUUUGACCUCGUCGAUAUUCAAACAGAUCUUCUCCCUUCACCGCAGUCAGUCACAGUUCCCGCAUUCACUCAGUCUUCAUCGGAACAUUUUCCCCCAACCUCCGCCGCAAAUGCCACUGUCGGGCAGAAUGAAGAAUCUUCCUCUACUGUUGUCCAAAUGAUGAGUUCACCGAGCCAAACUCCAUCAUCGGUAAUCAGCUUUGACUCAAUAAGUAACACAGCGCCUGCACUCUCAUCUUUGCACCUACAAGCUGUGUAAAUGUCACAUUGGUGCUUUCAGGUGUGAGUUGUGGAUUUUCCCUUAAAACUACUGUACUCGUUUAGGAUUUUGUGUAAAGAAUUGGAAAAUAAAUUGUCAAGAUUAAACGAUAUCAAUUCUU